AUGGAUCCGCCUGCCAAACCCAAACGCACAAGAGUCAACAAACACAAGCGCGUCUCAAGAGCCUGCAAUUACUGCCGUGCUCGUAAGCACAGAUGCGAUGGCAGCCACCCAACCUGCUCGCGAUGCUCGGCCAUCCAUUACCCAUGCAGCUACGGCCCCGACUCCAAGAAGCGUGGGUUGACGACGGGAUAUGUGAGGGCUCUGGAACUACUUUGGGCACUUGUCUUCACCGUCGUUCCUAAUAGCAAGGCUGUAGUCCAAGAGCUCUUGCCAGAUAUCCAGUUUGCCCUAGAUUCGCGAUCCAGAUUGGUCUUGAACAGCAGGCUUGUCAGAGAUUACGAGACACUCAGACAAGCUUGGGACGGUAGUGAUAUCCAAGAAGAAUUGGAUCAGCUGUUGUCGAAUAUUCAGCAAAGGAACGACUCCGGUGCAAAUUCCGUGGCUUCCGUCAAGGCUGAAGCCUCCACUCCCGACCUCGCCCCUCGUGUCAAGGCAUUCGAGGCUGUACAGACUUCAACGCCAGCCAAUGACGCUCGGGAGGUCUCAGACCCCAUGGAUACCGACAGGGCCAACACGCCUUCCUCUCAUGACGCGUCAGUGCCCCAACCGGCUCCAUGGAACGACGUAUCAUCCCCCGCGUCUGCUCAGCAGGUACGGCGCUUAAUUGAUAUAUACUUUGCCCAUACCAACUGUUGGCUCCCGAUGGUCCAAAAGCACAAGAUGCUGGAGUUGUUGUAUUCGCCGUCAAGAGACGAUCGGGCAGAAGAGGGAAAUAUGGCCACUCUAUGGGCUGUUGUUGCUUAUGCUUCCCUUCAAGAUACCCGUAACCAUACUGGAGCAUCUGAUGGUGAAUCUGCUCUUCCUCCUCCCGAAAUAAUCUAUUCCAAGGCGAGACAACGGAUACCUAACGAAGAUGCGCGACUGUCAGGCUACGUUCAAGCUUUGCUUAUCCUGGGCCUUUUCAAAAUGGAUCAGGAAGAUCUUGUGUCUUCAUGGCACUUGAUUGGCCAAGCAGUGAGGAUUUGUCUUCAUCUCGGUACCGCGCCUUCUACCAGCAACGGCUCCAAUGCCGCAAAUGUCGAUGAUGACAAUCAGAAGCGGCUUCUCCUAAGUUGCUUUAUACUCGAUACUCUCGUAUCAUGUCGUUUGCGCAAGCCACCAUAUCUCAGGACAGGAGAUUUAUGUUUCUCCCCGAAGCUCGCAGAAACAGGUCCGAAUGAAUGGGAACCGCAGAACGUAACUUCUACAAGUUUGGGCAACACCAACUCCAUGAACCAGCCUUCGCGGGUCUUAAGUAUCUUCAACUGCUACGUCAGCUUAAUAUGCAUCCUAAACGAUGCCAUGUCGAAUCGACAAUCUUCAAACAGGCCUUGCACCAAAAGUCUACUAGCAUUGAAUCGCUGGUAUGAUGGACUUCCACAACAUUGUCAGAUUUCGCCAUUGCCUGGCAAGGUUCAGCUGGGAACGGCACCGCACCUAACACCGCAACUUUACAACCUUCACCUCGCCUUCGCGAGCACUGAUAUGCACCUCAGAUCACAUCUUGCUGCCACAAACGGGCUACCGAGUACACAAACUACAGGAUUAGCAGGCCUGUCUAUGGGAUAUCUCAUAGCAGCUUUUGUGAAGGAGUUUGGUGUAGCUAACAUGCCCGCUAUAUUCAAGAUUUACCAAGACCUUGGACGCAGAAGAGUCUUCAGACCUGUGCGGCAGGACCAUUUUGUUGAUCUAGUGGUCUCGAGUGAGCCUUCUCCUAAUUUACUACCGACACCUCCGGAAGUCUGUGAAACAGACUCUGUUGGUACUAAUAGGCUAGAACGGCCUUCUGCGGUGUCAUUGACUCGCCAAGUUGAGGAGCCGGCUACUAAAUCUCAUGCACCGACAUCAAUUGAAAAUUUGGACGAAUACGAUAUAGAAACCUGGGGCAAGAUAUUUGGUACAGCAGAGUUGGGCGAAGCAGGCAUACCAACCCAGCAGGACAUAGAGAGUCUAGACUACUUGAAUGGGAUGGCAUGGUAA